CGCUAGGCCCAGCAGCUCCGGGCAGCGCCCCAGGUGUCCGAAGCCAAGCGGCGGCCCCUGCUGCCCUCGGCGGAGCCGCUGCCCCAGGGCGGCCCGGAGCCGGGGCUGGGCGCGGAAGCGGCCGUGCAGGUGCUGGAAGUAGCGGCCCCACUGCAGGGCUCUGUCCAGGGUCGGCGGGUCCCAGUCCCGGACCUGCCCCGAGCGGGACACGGCCAGGAGCCCGGGCAGCUGCUCCACCUGCCACAACAGCGUCUCCAUGGCGACGGCUCGCCUGGGCCCCCGGCGCUUCCCGCCGCAAGUUUGAGCAGCGGUUCUGCCUUCCGCCCGCGUUUUAGCCCAAUCGGAACCAGCUUGAGAAGCACCUAGAGGUACCAAGGAUGUCCCCCACCCCUUUAUGCUAGGCACUGUACAUACAUACAGAAUGAAAAGACAGAACCUGAUCCAAAGAGCUUGCAAUCCAAGACUGAAGAUAACAAAUACAACAGAUGAGAAGAGCACAAGGUACUACAAGUGGAUAAACAAUGUGCAGUGCUCUGAGCCCAAAGGCACGAGGACCUGGCCUUUCUGAUAUGCAUCAGUACAGCCAGUGGCUGGCCAGCAGACAUGAGGCCAACUUAUUACCGAUGAAAGAGGAUCUAGCGCUGUGGCUCACGAACCUUCUGGGUAGAGAGAUAACUGCGGAAACUUUUAUGGAGAAGUUGGAUAAUGGUGCCUUGCUCUGUCGACUAGCUGAGACCCUGCAAGAGAAAUUUAAAGAAAACAGUUUUGAUGCAAACAAGCCUGGCAAAAUCCUGCCAGUGCGGAAGAUUCCAUGCAAAGCCAAUGCUCCUUCAGGGUCUUUUUUUGCACGAGACAACACAGCAAAUUUCUUAUCCUGGUGCAGAGAUGUAGGGGUGGACGACACAUGCCUAUUUGAAUCAGAAGGCUUGGUCCUCCACAAGCAGCCCAGAGAAGUGUGUCUUUGUUUGCUGGAACUUGGAAGGAUUGCAGCCAGGUUUGGUGUGGAACCUCCUGGGUUAAUAAAGCUGGAGAAAGAGAUUGAACAAGAGGAAAUACUUUCAGCCCCUCUUCCAUCUCCUUCACCCUCCCCAACAAAGUCUCCGGGGAAAAAGAGCACAGGAAAACUGUUGGAUGAUGCUAUCUGUUCCUGUAUUUUUGUCAGACAACCAAAAUAUCUAACAGAGCCCCAGUACACGACCCUGACGUUUUUCCUGUCUAAGACAGUGUUACUCAAACUUUCAUCAGUCAAACACAUUUCUGAAGAUCCUCCUUGUAAAUGCCCCAAUAAAUUCUGUGUGGAGCGUCUUUCACAAGGACGGUACAGAGUUGGAGAGAAGAUCCUCUUUAUUAGGAUGCUGCACAACAAACAUGUGAUGGUUCGUGUAGGAGGAGGAUGGGAGACUUUUGCAGGGUACUUGCUGAAACAUGACCCAUGCCGAAUAAUGCAGAUCUCUCGGGUGGAUGGGAAAACCUCUCCAAUCCAGAGCAAGUCUCCGACCAUCAAGGACAUGAAUCCAGACAAUUACUUGGUUGUUUCUGCCCAUUACAAAACCAAGAAGGAGAUUAAGUGAAAUUAGCUUCUCAUUUGACUGGGACUAUAUAUAUGUAGGUCCAAAUUAUCUUCUUGAGUGUAGUAAAUUUAGUUCAUGCUUUGAAAGGACUUCAGAAAAUUUAACAGACUGAAAAUGGCAACCUGCUUUGAAGAUCUUUGAACUGUAGAACUAUUUAUUUCUAGUACUGUACCUUUUAUAGCAAAUUAUCCUUGAUAGGUUAAUUACUACAAUCAGAUAAGAAAUAGACAUAUAUUUUUAGCCAAAUCAUUACUCUUAAAUAUGUGAAUGUAUACUUAGAAUGAUUUAAAGGAUGUGGUUCAUGUUAAAGGGAAAACCGCAGUACAAUAUAUUUGUAUGAAAAACCUGUGACAUUGAGUCCAUGACUGUUUUUAGGUUAGUUGGAAAAGAUAUAUGUAGGCUGAGUGUGCAGAGUGAUAAAAGCUAUUUGCUAAUGCUUGCUGCCUACAAACUAAAAUCAAAAUGGACUAUUUUUAUAGGCUGCAAUAAUAAGCAAUAUUUUUUUUAAAAGGAUUAUUGUGCGCUAUACAGUUCCCUAAAAAGGCCACUUUAAAAAGUUUGUAUAUCCUUUGACAAAGUCAAUUUUAAGAUCCAGAUCCACAAAGGGAUUUAGACACCUACACCCCAGAUUCAGGCACCUAAAUCACAGAUUUAGGCACCACUGCAAUACGUGAAACCUGCUUGGCUGCCACCUAAUCCUUUGGGUGCCUAAACUCAAUUUCUGUUAUAAAAGUUCCCUAGGCACCUAAGUUCCUGCCUCCGGGCAUGCACACAACCUCACGUCAGACAUCUGUAUGCCUAUCUCAUGCCCCAGCAGGGUCCUCAGAUGAGGCUAAGAUAGGCGUUCCCCUGCCUAGCUCACUCACAGCAUGCCUACCAAAUUGGGGUACAUUCAAAGUCCCACCGGCUGAGGAACUGGUGGCAAUGCCACCUCCCCCCUUAAAACAUUUAGCUCAGUAGUUAGAGCACUCACCUAGGAUGUGGGAGACCCGUGUUCAGUUGCCCCCCUCUGCCUUUUUGGAGGAAAGGAUUUUUGAAGAGGGGUCUCCCACCACACAGGUGAGAGCCUUAACCACAAUGGGAUGUUCUGAUGUGGGACUCCCUAAAACUCUCCUGUCGAAGCUGUUCCAGGUAGUGGACCCUGGGUCUCCCAUCUCCCAAGGGAGUGCCCCCAUUUCCAGGUUCAUUCUCAGUUUAGCACUCUGGCCCAAUGAUUAAGCAUUUAUACAAGGUAGAACAGCUUCAACAGGAGAAACUGAGGAAGUCACGCAUCAGGCUAUCCUGUAGCCCAGUGGUUAGGGCAUGUCCCCAAGAGCUGGGAGCCCCCUGUUCAAAAUCCUUUCUCUCCACCAGACAGAGAGAGACAUUGAAUGCAGCUCUCCCAUAUGCUGGGCAAAUGAUCUAAUCACUAGCUAUAAGGUAGGCAGGACCCCCACCUCUAUCAGUGUUUCUUGCAAGAAAUGGCUUAGGUACCUAAUCCCAGGAGAAGGUUACCCAGCUCUGGCUCACAAGCAGAGAUAGGACUGCCCUACAGCCUAGACUUAGCUGCCUAACUUAGUAGAGAGGUGAGGUUUAACACACACGCCUCUUCUCAACAUCUCCUUAGUUUAGGUGGCUCCCCACCUGGCAUGCUGUUUUUUGUGAAUCCCAUUCUUAGGUGCUUAACUCUCUGUAUGCCUUUUAUAGAGAGCGUAGGCGCCUAACUCAGGGUUUGUAGAUUUCAGUGAUUUUUCUAGGUGCCUAAAAGUUAGUCUUUGCAAUGCUGACCAUUGGAACGCCUAAGUUCCUUUGUGGCUCCAGGCCUGAAUCCACCUGGUUCUUUCAUGGGUACCCAAUGAUGGGAGGAUAUAAGAAGCAAUGGUUGAUUACACCAGGGGUUGUACAUGACAAUGCACAAAGGGAUGUAGUAAUGACAGUGCAGGCUGUGUGCAUGGGCACUCCGGUUUAACUAUGUUGGUCGGGUGUGAAAAAUCCACUCCCCUGAGCAGCGCUGUUAAACCAACUUAAUUCUCCAUGUCGACAGUGCUAGGUCAUCAUAAGAAGUCUUCCACCAACCUAGCUACCAUCUCUUGGGGAGGUGGAUUACCUAUGCUGAUAGUAGAAUGCCUCCUAUCAACGUAUCAGAGGGGUCAACGUAGGUAGUGUGUAGACUGAAACGCUAUAGUAAUGCAGGCGCAGCAGCACAGCUGUAAUGCUAUAGCAUUUUAAGUGUAGACAAGCCUUGAGUCAGAAUGCCACCUGGUGCUUCCCUUAUGGCAAGUCACCUUCAUGCUGCCCCUUACUUUGGGUUUGACUGAAGGGCACAGUCUAGCCCUACUUUUAGUCAAUUAAUUGGGUCAAAUAUGAAAAGAUCCAUUGCCCACUCUUUAGAGCAAUUCAGAUUCUUGUAAAUCAUUCA